CUUACCUUCUCUCGACCUCCCGCUUUCUCUCUCGGCUCCACCACCAUGGAGGCGGAGGGCGGAGGUGUAACCCCAUUCUGGGCGGAGACUAACCAGGAUUUCCGCCGCCACAGGGGCCAUAGCCGCCGGAAUAUUCGGAUACCGAAUGGCGUGUUCGCCGUUUUACUCUCCCCAUUGGCCCUCAUUCCCACUUUGGUGGUGGCGGCCGUCCUUGUUUUCUAUAUUCCGACCCUCCUUGCCCCUCUCUCUCAGUUCCUCCGACGCGUUCCCCUCUUCAACUCGUGGGAAGCCUUCAACUUGCUGCUCGUCCUCUUUGCUAUCCUGACCGGAAUCUUUAGCAGAAACACCAGUGCCGGUGGCCACCAGCCACACCAUCAAGAGAGCGACCCCUUCGCUGCCAAGCUCUUUGACUUUCCGGGAAAGUCCGAAGACCGAAAUGGCCACGACGAGGUCGGCGGCAGCCGCAUUAUCUUCCAAAGAUCUGAUCCACUUCGCAACGAGGAGACACAUCCCGCUGCCGUCCAAGAGGAAGCUCCAUUGUCUCAGGAUUUGAAGGCGGCCUGGUUUCCGGACGACGGCCGGAAGACAGAGAGGUUCGGUUCCCAGGGCAAUCUGAUUUCCGCGGACGCUCAUUUUCAGAGGGACGCUGAUUUCGGAGAGUGCAGUUUGGGAUCUUCCUCUUCGUCUUCUGCUCAUUCUCCUCCCAAAGCCAGUAACGUCGACCAUGGCUCUCUGAUUCGGAGGAGGCGUUCUCCUACAUCAUUCCCUCAUGCUCCUCCUCCGCUGGAAAAUAUUGAAACGGAAGACGGCUUUGUUGUUCCGAGUAGGCGUUCUCCUCCACCACUGCUUCUUCCUUCGGGAUCCAUUAACGUGGACGGCAGCUCUAGCAUCCGGAGAAAGCAUUUUCCUCCAUCAUUGCUUUCUCAUUCUCCGGAGGCUAUUAACGCCGAUGACGGCGCUGACGUCGAGAGGAAGCAUUCCCGUCCACCGUUGGUUUAUCCUCCUCUUGAAACCAUGAACUCCGAUGACGGCUACGUCAUGCAGAGGAAGCAUUCUUCUCCGCCACUAAAGUCACUUUCUCCACCUCCGCUGCCACAUUCCGCUUACCCUCAUGCACCCGAAACACUGGAAAGCAAAACCAAGAGAAGGAGCAAGCACAAGAGCAAGGACGCUCCCUCCUCGCUUACUGCCCCUUCGAGCUCCCGGAAGAAGGAGAAGAACAAGAAGAAGAAGGAGAAGGAGAAGGAGGAGAAGGAGAAGAAGAAGAGCAGAGGCCCCGAACCCACAGCCGAGAUCCUGGUCCCUCCUUCUUUACCGCCACCGCCACCCUCGUCCUUCUUCCAUCAAUGGUUUGCAGACAUGAAGAACGAGUCCAAGAUGGAAAAGCUGAGACCCCAUUCAGACCGGCUUCUGCCACCGCUGCCGCCGCCAUCAUCCCUCCCUCCCCAUUUGGGAACCACCAAAAAAGCAUCCUCGUCCACCGAAAGACCGGAAAAUGCUAGAAAAGAUAAUGUCGGUAGCAGGGAUUCUUCAAUCCCGCGGCCUGCCUUGCCAUCAUUGAUCAAAGAAAAACAGAACCUGCAGAUAGAAGCUCGUAGCAGCAGUAGUGACAGUAGUAGCGGAAGAUCAAUCCCGUAUCUGCCUCCACCGCCUCCUCCGCCGUUCGCAGUGCCAGAGGAGAGCACAGUGAAGCAGAGUAAGGCUGUUCAGACCCGAAGGGAGUCGAGAAGGGUGUACGAGGGCCUAACUGAACAGAGAAGAAGUGAAGAAAGAAGUGGAAAUUCAUUCUGCCCAAGCCCUGAUGUUAAUGUUAAGGCUGAUAAGUUCAUUGCUCAAUUCCACGAAGGAAUUAGGCUCGAGAAGUUGCAAUUUGCGAAGGAGAAGUUGGUUAGAGAAGGAGUGGGGAGUAAGAGGUAAAGGGUUUCAUGCACGAUGCCUGAUAAUGGAUCUGUUUCUUCAAUAGUUCACAGUGAACAAGGCACCAUUUCAGCCAGAGAGCGGGUGGCCUACUGUGUCCUGGAGUCUGAAAGGAGCAACAGUGUUUCACUGUUCUGCCUGCACCUGCUGGCCGGAAAACAGGGGUGCCUAUCCGAAGAGCAUGGCGCCAUCUAAGUCUACUCCAAUAAGUUUCUUGCCCGAACGGUGGCUGAUUUUACUGAAUCGUGCAGGUCAGGCGGGUGAUAUGUGCCUUCCUGCCACUGCAACCCCUCUUGGGUUUAUGAAUUCGGUUUAUGGUUAUAAUAGUUCUCGUAUGUAUGUUUGGUUUUGCAGCGUCCAAAGUCCAAAAACAGGGGAAAGAAUCUUUGUUUUCUUUAUAUUGGAAAGCUCAUUAAUUUAAAA